AUGUAUCCAGACUGGCCAGACUCCGUCACCGAUUUGGUGCCACUCCCACAGUGCCCUGGCCCUAAGCUGAAGCCCUUUGACUUUCAGGGCCCGCAAAAGAUCAACUUUCUCGAGUUCUGGGAGAGGUUCAGGUUUGAGGACGCAGAGUGUUGGGAUUGCGGUGCACAAAACUUUGAAACAAGCGAUGUCACUGCACUAACCACCAUUUACAAUAAUUCAGAGCCCUUCAACCGUGAAUGCCGAAGUUUCGGCCGCCUUCAAGAAGCAGGCUACGAGGAGCUCGCGGUUACGUGCUUUGGCUACCUACUCCUCGACGAAGAACACGAGCGUGCCAUGAGGGACAAGUUCACCGGCAUGGAACUCGAGUUCGAUGGUAAUGCUGAAAGCCUUGGAUAUAAAGAGGCGCGUUCACGCUUUCCAGGUAAAAGCGGCAGGCCGCCACCAAUCCGAGGCAUUGUUAAAGAAUUUGGCUUUGGUGUAGAGGAAUUAAAAACGAGGGAUAUGAAGAGACUUUUUCGAACCAUGACUCAACUCCAUCAGCUUGGCAUCAUCAAUCUCGAUGUCGCGGACCGACAGCUUAUUGGUGGCAAGAUCUGCGACUUCAGCACAGCCAUCACUGUGCCGCACCCUAUCACAACUCCGGAGCUAAACCCACAUCUUUAUAUUGAGAGUGAAGCAUUGAAUAUGUUGCAGCUUGGGACCUUCGUCAUUUGUAUGAAUGAUUAUUGGACAUUUGACGACAUGGUCCGGACAUGGAAUGAGGAGCACGAGGACCAGAAAACUGAAAUAUCAGCUCGAAGUACGAUUGGAAGGCAUGUACCAGCAAUCCGGGCCCAGACGCAGGGAGAACACCGGAUAGCCCGCGGACAAGACGAAGAAUAA